UGAGAUUUGAUGCGCACCUGCGAAGCGAAGCCCCAGUACAACAGAUAUAAAUAUUGCUCGCUCAGUUACGAUUAAUUUUACUUUAUAAUUUUAUGAAUUUGGGGGAGGUCCCUAGAUGUUCCAUGGAAAGUGCAUUAAGAAUCAAAGCAUGACACACUAGAGAUGUCUGAAGUAGCUGGAGUAUAUUGGGAUUUACCAAGGUAUUUUCAUAGUUAUGGGCAACUUAGAGAUCAUAUUCAGCCUACUGUUGACACCAAAUAUGUGUGAAAGUUACCAAACUGAAACAUGAAAUUUACCAUUUCAGGUUAUUAAAUUUGUUUGCUUUGCAACUGCUAGUAGUAUUUCAUUAGUAACAUGACUAAUAAAGCUUAUAAAAGGUGUAAGUUAACUCAUUUAGUUUCACAUUGUUGCAUUGAAUGCUGUGUUAUAAUGCCUCUAAAUUUAAGAAAAUAAAGACUGAAAACAUACCAAUUUGUCUGCCAAAGGCACUUGGUUUAAACUCCACAAUACAUCCCUGCUAAAUUCUCCUCAUUAAUUCAUGCACAGAAUGGGAGUGGGGAUGAAGACCCUUCCGCUUAUACUGCCCCACUUUAGGCCAAAACUUUACUCUUAAUCCAUGGACAGAAGUGGGGAAAAGAAGAUAUAGCCGAGGUCAAAAUCUUUCCCUUGAAUAUUUAUUGUAAUGGGCUGUAAUGAACAAGUAUUACUUCACUGAAAUGUGCAUUGCACGAUUUUUACAGAUUUUUCUUUUCUGACAAGUUGCACUUGUUUGCACUUAACAGUUUAGCAGUUUUGAGUUAGCUUUAAGAUGUUUAAUGUAGCAGCAUAGUUACUUGCUUAGAAAAGCUGUUUCAUAGUUUAAGGGUUAUGGAUCAACCUCUAAUAAACUCUACUUGACACUCUGCAAAUCCAACAUUUGGAAUCUGGAAUUGCUUGCAUCUUGAUGCCUUUCAGAUAAUCCUACAAAUUUGAAUGUAUGUCGAUAUAUUUAACCAAGUCGAAGUUCUCAAUCAUCAGGAUCCUCGACAAUCUGGUGCCCAUGACAUGCUCCCUUUAACCUACAUGGAUCAAAUAUAUUCACAGUGAUCUCUAUUUUGACUGGUAGUUGUAAAAUGUAAAGCAAUGUCAGAUUGGCAGUUGAAGUUGAACCUACUAGUUGGCUAGUCCAUAACCCUGAGUCCAUGUCAAUGUCCCCUAUGUUAGAAGUAGGAGGACCCAGCCCUGGACCACUGAAACCUCCUCGUCUACCCUUGACCUUCCACUGGUCACUGCAGCAGCAGGGGCCUGUCAGCCAUUGUUUAAGUACCUAAGGCUAUCAGUGAGUGCUGGUUGAUGGUAAUGGGGCAGUUACAUGGAAGACGUAGGUGUUUUCUGUGUCCAAGUCUGAAGGGAAUGAUGGAAAAUGUACCCACAUCACAAGGAGGCAUCUUGGCCCAGGAUUUGCCCAAUGUUGUGCAGGCCAGUUCCACAAGGAGCUCCAAAGGCCAUAUCAGUGGCAGACAAGAAGGGAGUACAGGCCCCAUUGGGGAUGGAUCUUCCAUGAAUAUAAAUAUUUCAGAAGCUGAACCUCCUUUGAAAAAGGCCAGAUAUUGUGACAUAGUUGAGGGGGUUAACCGUUCCAGUCAUGCACAAGGAAUGCCAAGUGGUGAGAAAUGUCAAAGGGGAGCCCAAGUCACAAAUGGUGGUCUGGUCUGUGUGGAAAACUGUUCUGGCACAAGAAGCUGUUUAGAGCCACUUAAACAUCAACAAACUGAAUCAGAUGAGAUCAUGAUACCCUGCGCUAAUGAUAAAACAGUGUCUGCUGGUCAUGAUAUGGGUAAUCAAGAGUGUGAGAGGACUUCUCUGUCAGGGCUAUACCAUAGUUCCUCAAUGAUUGCUCAACAAUCUGACCAUGGAGAUUCUUCUAUGUCAUAUCCCAAUGGUAGUGGCAGCACUGAUACCACUGAUGUCUCAGAUGAUGACAUAACAGAUGCAUCCAACCUGGUGCUGUCAGUGAUCAAGACUAAGGUAGACAUUCAAACAAUGAAGUUGUGUUUACAGCAUAAUGCAGAGUCACGUUCCAACCGCCUUUCAACACCUGCUCCAUCAGUACCAGGGGCAGUAACUGGUGCAUGCUCAACAGUAGAUGCCAGUUUAAAUUUAGGAAGUCUAGAUAUACAACCAUCUACCUCUUCUGGAUCUAUCUCAGGACACCGUAUCAUCAGUGAGGCUGCUGUAGAGGAGCCUUCUACAGGAGAAUCUCAAGGUCAGUCAGUACAGUGUCUAGAGCCUAGAGGAAGUCCUCAGUGUAGAAACACCUGUAUUUGUAACAAUGUUCAUUGCCAAAUGUGUAAUGUGCAGAGACAGGCCCAGCUUUUCAAUCCACCAAAUGUUCCUGACAUACCUGAUCAAGGUGCUGGUCAUCUUGAACAUUGGCAAGAUCAACACACAGCUAAGGCUAUUGUUGAUAAUGCCAUUAACAGAACUAUUGAAGAAAUGGUCAUAGCUCCAGAUCCACCAAACAUCCAUGUAAGAAGAGCAGAUUUUGAAAAUGAAGGUGUUCUUCUAGCUAUCAGAGAUCAAGGUCUAUCUGUCAGAAAUCAACAGCCUAUUCAGAAUUUGCAUGAUAGACUGGAACCUGUUAUCAAUCAACUAACUCAAGCCUCUGAACUUGUCUUUGCUAGGAAUAUUGAACAGUCCAGAACUACUCCAACAAUUGAGAGACAAUUUGAUGACACAUCAUACCAGAAUUCUGCCGUGCACCCACACACAACACCCGAGACCUCAUCUUCACUUGGUUCUGCUCAGGAUGCAGAUGAAGAAUGUGGGCUUGAUUAUGAUGAUGGCUGUAACUCAGAUACUGCAUCACUUGAGUGCAUACCAGACUGUUCUGUUUCCAAUCUAGGCAGUGCUGACACUGUGACAUAUGGUCCUGGAGCUGAGAAGGACAACAGUAUCCAUCAAAAACUGAUUCAUUCCCAUGUUCCAUCUGUAGCAAAGAAUUCCAAAGAAGAUGCUGGUUGUAUUCAGAUGGACCAAGAGAGUGUAGAACCUGCGUCCCCCAGUCAAGUGUUUGGGGAGAUGUCUUCAGAAGAAACUGUUAUUGAUUUUGCUGUACAUGCUGUUAUUGCCUCAUCUGGUUUGAUAGCAAAACAGAAUGGAAACAUUUGAUUGAACACUUAACAUUUUUGGAUUUACUACACGUGUUACCUGCAUGAGAUGUACUCAAAUCACAGCACUUGUUUGACUUAGAUUCGAGUAAGUCACUGCCUUCAACAAAACUUGGAUCUUGGAUUGCUUAAUGUUUUUUGAAUAACUUAAGUUAGUGUCUCUGUGACUAUGUAUAUUUGAUUCUAGAAAUAUUUGACGCUAUAUUGAUCUCUCAUACUGUCCAAGUCUCAAUACUUACACUCUUGAUAUAGUGCCUUUAGUGAUGUUACCAAAGUUUUGUAAGGUUGCUUUUGAGAGGUUUCAAGUUGCUGGUAGAAGGUAUCUGUGCCUAUGUCCACAUAUGCAUGGUCUUUACGUCCAACUUGUUAUUUGUAUGCUCACAAUUUGUGUGUUUAUUGACAUAAAACUCUGCAGGAA